GAACUGAAGUUAGAGUCAUUAAAAUAUCACAGUGAGGGACUGGCAAUUGCAUUUGCUUGAUGAAUAUGCCACCAAGGACACUGAUACAGGUGAUGCAAAACCUUCAAGCAUGCACAGACUGCGAUGCUGCAAUGAAAGUGAUAUCCAAGAUUGUAAGAAGGGUGUUUAUUGUGUGAGAUUCAAGCAGGUUCCUUCAUUUUAAGGAUGAGUUUUGUUCUUGUGGAGGUUAUUGGUGAGUUAAUCAAUCAUAAGUAAAUGUGGAGGAAAAAAACAAGGACGUGAUUCAAGUUUGAAUGAGAAAUAUGGAGAUGUAAAACUAACUAGAGAAAUCUGAAACUUGCUGAUUUUGGCCUUGCACGAACAUUCUCCAGCUAUCACAGUGGAAACCUAACAUAUCGUGUGAUCACUUUGUCGUAGAGACCUCCAUUUCGCUGCUUGGAACUACAGAUUAUGGUCCUGGUGCUGACAUGUUGUCUGUCAGUUGGUAUCUUAGUGGAACUUCUCCAUCGGAAACUUGCUGGGAAGAAUGAGAGUCUGCGGUCUGCGGAGUCAACGGAAGCGAUCACCGAGAUCGAAGAAAGAGAAGGAGCUGGCGAUAAAUCCAUCAACGCCUCUCCAUCGCUCCGUCGCUCGUUUCUUCGUCGCUCCCUCAGCCCCUGGCGCGACGGUCGGAGGCCCGAACUCGAAACCCUCCGGCUCCAUUGCCUCCUCUUCCUUCCCAAGAAGCCGGCUUCAAACCUUAGAAGGCCUGCGGCGGACGGGAAGCGCCCGGCGGUGGUCGCGGAAGGAGGGGCGGAGAGGGGGAAAUCGUCGGCGGUUGCGGGCUUGUGGACUGGGCUGAGGUAUCUGGCCGGGGUCGGGGGGUGGUGGGAGAAGUGGAUGGUUAUGGGAACCGCGGGUUCCAAGCUCGAGAGGUCUCUUGGAGACCAGUUCCCCGAAGGUGAGCGGUACUUCGGCCUCGAGAACUUCGGCAACACUUGCUACUGUAACAGCGUCUUGCAGGCAUUAUAUUUUUGUGUACCAUUCAGGGAGCAAUUACUGGAGUAUUAUGCAAAUAACAAGAACAUAAGAGAGACAGAGGAGAACCUUUUGAUAUGUUUGGCAGAUUUGUUCACUCAGAUAAGUUCCCAAAAGAAAAAAACUGGUGUUAUUUCUCCAAAGCGUUUUGUGCAGAGAGUGAAGAAACAGAAUGAGUAUUUCCGUAGUUACAUGCACCAGGAUGCUCAUGAGUUUUUGAAUUUCUUGCUAAAUGAACUUGUUGAAGUUCUUGAGAAAGAGUCUGACGCUGCAGAAGGCUCCCCUGGAACCUCAUCACCAUCAGAAAAGAUUACUAAUGCAGCACGCCACCCUCUAGCAAAUGGUGUCAGUAAAGAGCCACUUGUUACUUGGGUCCAUAAGAGCUUUCAGGGUAUACUGACCAAUGAAACUAGAUGCUUACAGUGUGAAACAGUCACCGCAAGGGAUGAAGCUUUUUUUGACUUAAGCCUUGACAUCGAGCAAAAUAGUUCUAUCACUAGCUGCCUCAAAAACUUCAGUUCAACAGAGACUUUAAAUGCUGAAGACAAGUUCUUCUGUGACAAGUGCUGCAGUUUGCAGGAAGCCCAGAAGAGGAUGAAGAUCAAGAAGCCUCCACAUGUCCUGGUGAUUCAUCUCAAGCGCUUCAAGUAUAUUGAGCAGCUUGGCCGAAACAAGAAACUAUCUUACCGGGUUGUGUUUCCCAUGGAAUUGAAGCUCAAUGACACAGUUGAUGGUGCAGACUCGGAGUACUCUCUCUUUGCGGUUGUGGUCCAUGUUGGAAGCGGUACAAACCAUGGACACUAUGUCAGCCUUGUUAAAAGCCAUAACCACUGGUUGUUCUUUGAUGAUGAAAAUGUGGAGAUGACAGAUGAGUCCACUGUGCAGACAUUCUUUGGGUCUGCACAGGAGUACUCAGGCAACACGGAUCAUGGGUACAUCUUAUUCUAUGAGAGCCUUGGUGGAAGAAGUUGAGAGAGUGGUUUUCUUCCGAUGAAGUUAUCAGCUGUCCUGGCCCUUGUUACCUCCAUUAUUCUCCCCUCCAAGGGCCAAGUAUAAGUUCUUGGACGUUUGUGAGAUGAGAUGUGAAAUAUGCGGUCUUUGGGUGGUACAGCAUACGGUGGAUGGUGGAACUGCACUCUCUGUUUCUUCAACAAUAAACUAGAAAGUUUAAUCUUCACCAGAAAGUAUUUCGUGCGAGCUCUAGGACCUUUUCUUGCAUUGCAGCAUUUUUUAUCAAAUUUUGGCAAAUGAAGAAAACCGAGAUGGAAAAUUAACCUGCAGAUAGUUGUGGAUGUAAUUAAAUUGAGUCGUUGGAUUAAUUUUUAAAAUUUAUUUCUAUGACAAUUGGUACUUUAUAUCA